AUGAGUGAGACGACGAGACAGUCAUCAGAAGACGUAUCAAAGGAUACCACCACCCAUUUGCCGAUGUGGCGAAACGAAACAGCGCCAGGCGACGAACAACGACGCAUUUGGCGACCCACUGCCCAAGGCCUAGAUGAAAACGGCAACAAAACUGAAUUCGUCGCCGCCGCACAACUCGCGAUGUCUUUGCCGCUGCGCCUCCUGCUUCAUCUGGCGAUCACGACGACCCUCAUUCUUAUUUUUGCCCUGAUUCCCGGAGCCUCGACGACCGAGACCUGUCCGAACGGAUUGCCGUGCAACGAGAGGUGCUGCGUCGAGGAGGGCACCGGUCGCUACUUCUGCUGCCAGGACAACAACGGCCAGAUCUAUUUCGUCGCCGGCUGCUUGCCCGGUUUACCCCUGGCCACCAUAAUCUAUAGUGAAAACUGGCCCCCUUGGCUGGGCAAUUCGGUUGAAACGAACGAUCCAAAUGGAAACGGUGGUAAACCACGGGUUCAUUUCGAAGAUGACUCAUCAUAUGGAUCAUACGAACGAUUAAAGCCAGCGAUAAAAAAACAAAACGCUGUCUGA